CCUCACUAUUUUAUGUUCUAAUGAAGCGUUUACAAACGUAUUUAUUAAAAAAGGUUUAGAAAUGUUUCAUGAGUGUAUAAUAACAAAAAUUUAAUUAUUCUGGUUUGAUAAUAGGUAAAGAGUGAAAUCUUUCAUUCAUUGAGGGUCAGACCCGUACAAAAUGUCGAUUCCCCCUUAUUUAAUGGGGCCCAACCCCUGGGCCGCAAUGAUGGCCCAGCAACAAUUAGCGGCUGCUCAUGCACAAGCUCAGGCUCAUGCUGCCGCAGCUCAGGCACACGCUCAUGCUUUGCAACAGCAGAUGCCUCCACCACAUCCAAAACCAGAUGUGAUGACAGAGGAUAAACUCCAGGAAAAAUCACAGAAAUGGCAGCAACUUCAAUCGAAAAGAUUUGCCGAUAAACGUAAACUGGGAUUCGUUGAGGCACAGAAGGAGGACAUGCCUCCCGAGCAUAUCAGAAAGAUUAUUAGAGAUCACGGUGAUAUGAGCAGCAGGAAAUACAGACAUGAUAAGAGAGUCUACCUUGGGGCUCUGAAAUAUAUGCCGCAUGCGGUUAUGAAGCUGUUGGAAAAUAUGCCAAUGCCCUGGGAGCAGAUACGAGAUGUUAAAGUACUGUAUCAUAUUACGGGAGCUAUAACAUUUGUGAAUGAAAUACCAUGGGUGAUUGAGCCUGUUUAUAUUGCUCAGUGGGGAACAAUGUGGAUUAUGAUGAGGAGGGAAAAAAGAGAUCGUCGUCAUUUCAAACGUAUGAGGUUUCCUCCGUUCGAUGACGAAGAACCCCCUUUAGAUUAUGCUGAUAACGUAUUAGAUGUUGAACCUUUAGAGGCCAUUCAAAUUGAGUUAGACGCCGAUGAGGAUUCUGCAAUUGCCAAGUGGUUUUACGAUCACAAACCGUUAGUUGGCACUAAAUAUGUGAACGGUUCCACUUAUAGAAGAUGGAAUCUAACCCUACCAAUGAUGGCUACCCUUUAUAGGCUGGGAAAUCAGUUAUUAACGGAUUUAGUUGAUAAUAAUUACUUCUAUCUCUUCGAUACCAAAAGUUUCUUCACAGCCAAAGCCUUGAACAUGGCUAUUCCCGGGGGUCCAAAAUUUGAACCAUUGAUAAAGGAUAUGAAUCCUGCGGAUGAAGAUUGGAAUGAGUUUAACGAUAUUAAUAAGAUAAUAAUUAGACAACCUAUCAGAACAGAAUACAGGAUAGCUUUUCCGUAUCUUUACAAUAACAUGCCACAUUUCGUCCAUCUGUCUUGGUACCACACUCCCAAUGUAGUCUACAUCAAAACUGAAGAUCCCGAUCUGCCUGCGUUCUAUUUCGAUCCUCUGAUCAAUCCUAUUUCCCAUCGCCACGCCGUCAAGAGUUUGGAACCUCUACCCGAAGACGACGAAGAGUAUAUUUUACCCGAUACCGUACAACCGUUCUUGCAAGAAACUCCCUUGUACACCGACAACACAGCCAACGGUAUAGCUCUCCUGUGGGCCCCGAGACCUUUCAACAUGAGAUCAGGUCGGUGCCGAAGAGCCAUCGAUAUUCCCCUGGUGAAAAGUUGGUACAUGGAACACAGCCCUCCCGGCCAACCCGUGAAGGUCCGCGUCAGUUACCAGAAACUCUUGAAGUACUACGUCUUGAACGCCCUCAAACACAGGCAUCCGAAGCCGCAGAAGAAGAGGUACCUCUUCAGGUCGUUCAAGGCCACCAAAUUCUUCCAAACCACCAACAUCGACUGGGUGGAGGCCGGUUUGCAGGUCUGCAGACAGGGCUACAACAUGCUCAAUCUGCUCAUUCACCGAAAGAACCUGAAUUACCUCCAUCUGGAUUAUAAUUUCAACCUGAAGCCGGUGAAGACUUUGACGACGAAGGAGAGGAAAAAGUCCAGGUUCGGAAAUGCGUUCCAUCUGUGCAGGGAGAUUUUACGAUUGACGAAACUUAUAAUAGAUUCUCACGUGCAGUACAGGCUGAACAACGUGGACGCUUUUCAACUCGCCGACGGUCUUCAGUAUAUUUUUGCACACGUGGGUCAGUUGACGGGGAUGUACCGUUACAAGUACAAACUUAUGAGGCAAAUCCGGAUGUGCAAGGAUCUGAAGCAUCUGAUCUAUUACAGAUUCAAUACGGGUCCCGUGAGCAAAGGUCCGGGAUGCGGUUUCUGGGCCCCCGGUUGGAGAGUGUGGCUGUUCUUCAUGCGCGGCAUAACCCCCCUGUUGGAGAGGUGGCUCGGAAACCUGCUGUCGCGUCAAUUCGAAGGUCGUCACUCCAAAGGCGUGGCUAAGACGGUCACCAAACAGAGGGUGGAGUCUCAUUUCGAUCUCGAACUGAGGGCGUCCGUCAUGCACGACAUCGUUGAUAUGAUGCCCGAGGGCAUCAAGCAGAACAAAGCCAGGACCAUACUGCAACAUUUGUCCGAAGCUUGGAGAUGUUGGAAGGCUAAUAUUCCGUGGAAAGUGCCCGGUUUACCGAUUCCCAUAGAAAACAUGAUCCUUCGUUACGUGAAAAUGAAGGCCGAUUGGUGGACCAACACGGCCCAUUAUAACAGGGAGAGAAUCCGUCGUGGCGCAACUGUAGAUAAGACCGUUUGUAAGAAGAACUUGGGCCGACUGACCAGGUUAUAUCUGAAGGCGGAACAGGAACGCCAACAUAACUACCUGAAGGACGGUCCGUACAUCUCCCCCGAAGAAGCUGUCGCGAUUUACACGACCACGGUGCACUGGUUGGAAUCCAGGAGGUUCGCGCCCAUACCUUUCCCGCCACUGUCGUACAAGCACGACACCAAACUCUUGAUUCUGGCGUUGGAAAGGCUAAAAGAGGCGUACAGCGUGAAAUCCAGGCUGAACCAGAGUCAGAGGGAGGAAUUGGGACUGAUCGAACAGGCCUACGAUAAUCCCCACGAGGCGCUGUCCAGGAUAAAACGUCAUCUGUUGACGCAGCGCGCGUUCAAAGAGGUGGGUAUCGAGUUUAUGGAUCUCUACAGUCACCUGAUACCGGUCUACGAUGUCGUACCCCUGGAGAAGAUAACGGACGCGUACUUGGAUCAGUAUUUGUGGUACGAAGCCGAUAAGCGAAGGUUGUUCCCGCCCUGGAUCAAACCCGCCGAUACUGAACCGCCGCCGCUUUUGGUAUACAAAUGGUGUCAAGGCAUCAACAACCUGGCGGAAGUGUGGGACGUGGGCGAGGGCGAGUGCAACGUCUUGCUCGAGUCGAAAUUCGAAAAGCUCUACGAAAAAAUCGAUCUGACCCUCCUGAACAGACUGCUACGUCUGGUCGUCGAUCACAACAUCGCCGAUUACAUGACGGCGAAGAACAACGUCGUCAUCAACUACAAGGACAUGAACCACACGAACAGUUACGGCGUCAUCAGGGGACUGCAGUUCGCCUCUUUCAUCACCCAGUACUACGGUCUGGUGCUGGACCUGUUGGUGCUCGGUCUGCAGAGGGCCAGCGAGAUGGCCGGCCCGCCUCAGAUGCCCAACGAUUUCCUCACCUUCCAGGACGUCCAGACGGAGACAUGCCAUCCGAUACGGCUGUAUUGUCGUUACGUCGAUAAGAUCCACAUGUUCUUCAGGUUUUCAGCUGAAGAGGCCCGGGACCUGAUCCAGAGAUACCUGACGGAACACCCUGAUCCGAACAACGAAAACAUCGUUGGAUAUAACAAUAAGAAGUGUUGGCCGAGAGACGCGAGAAUGCGGUUGAUGAAGCACGACGUCAAUCUAGGACGCGCCGUGUUCUGGGACAUCAAGAAUCGUCUACCUAGAUCUGUCACCACCAUUCAGUGGGAGAACAGUUUCGUCAGCGUGUACUCUAAGGAUAACCCCAAUCUGUUAUUCAAUAUGUCCGGAUUUGAAUGUAGGAUUCUUCCAAAGUGCCGAACCCAACACGAAGAAUUCAACCACCGCGACGGCGUGUGGAAUUUGCAGCACGAAGGCAGCAAAGAGAGGACUGCUCAGUGUUUCUUGAGGGUGGACGAUGAGUCCAUGGGGCGUUUCCACAAUCGCGUGAGGCAGAUUCUGAUGGCUUCCGGAUCAACCACCUUCACCAAGAUCGUGAACAAAUGGAAUACCGCUCUGAUCGGUUUGAUGACCUACUUCCGAGAGGCCGUCGUGAACACCCAAGAACUGCUUGACCUACUGGUGAAAUGCGAGAACAAAAUUCAGACCCGUAUCAAGAUAGGUCUGAACUCGAAAAUGCCCAGUCGUUUCCCCCCCGUGGUCUUCUACACUCCCAAGGAAUUGGGAGGGCUCGGGAUGCUGUCCAUGGGUCACGUCCUCAUCCCUCAGUCCGACUUGCGGUGGUCCAAACAGACGGACGUGGGAAUCACCCAUUUCCGAUCAGGUAUGAGCCACGACGAAGAUCAGCUGAUCCCCAAUUUGUACCGUUACAUCCAACCCUGGGAAUCCGAAUUUAUCGACUCUCAGAGGGUGUGGGCGGAAUACGCCCUCAAGAGGCAAGAAGCGAAUGCCCAAAAUAGGAGGUUGACCCUGGAAGAUCUGGAAGAUUCCUGGGACAGGGGUAUACCGAGAAUUAACACCCUCUUCCAGAAGGAUCGUCACACUCUUGCCUACGACAAAGGUUGGAGGAUAAGAACGGAAUUCAAACAAUACCAGGUACUGAAACAAAAUCCUUUCUGGUGGACGCAUCAAAGGCACGACGGUAAACUGUGGAAUCUCAACAACUACAGGACCGACAUGAUUCAGGCGUUGGGAGGUGUGGAGGGAAUUCUUGAACACACUCUUUUCAAAGGAACUUAUUUCCCCACGUGGGAGGGUCUUUUCUGGGAAAAGGCGUCCGGUUUCGAGGAAUCGAUGAAAUACAAAAAGCUGACCAACGCCCAGAGGUCCGGUCUGAACCAGAUACCCAACCGUCGUUUCACUUUGUGGUGGUCGCCCACGAUCAACAGGGCCAACGUCUACGUCGGUUUCCAGGUGCAGCUCGAUCUUACCGGCAUCUUCAUGCACGGUAAAAUUCCCACCUUGAAGAUCUCCCUCAUCCAGAUAUUCAGGGCUCACUUGUGGCAGAAAGUGCACGAGUCCAUCGUGAUGGAUCUGUGUCAGGUGUUCGAUCAAGAACUUGACGCUUUAGAAAUUGAGACUGUACAAAAAGAAACGAUCCAUCCUAGGAAAUCGUAUAAGAUGAAUUCUUCCUGCGCCGAUAUUUUGCUCUUUUCGGCUUACAAAUGGAACGUUUCUAGACCGUCUCUGCUCGCAGACACCAAAGAUACGAUGGAUAAUACGACAACUCAGAAAUACUGGAUCGAUGUGCAGCUGAGGUGGGGAGACUACGAUUCUCACGACGUGGAACGUUACGCCAGAGCCAAAUUUUUGGACUAUACCACGGAUAAUAUGUCCAUAUAUCCAUCCCCGACUGGAGUGCUGAUUGCUAUAGAUUUGGCCUAUAAUUUGCAUAGUGCUUACGGCAAUUGGUACCCAGGAUGCAAACCUCUCAUCCAACAAGCCAUGGCCAAGAUAAUGAAGGCCAAUCCGGCCCUCUACGUCUUACGAGAACGUAUCAGGAAAGCCCUGCAGCUGUACUCGAGCGAACCCACCGAACCCUACCUCUCCAGUCAGAACUACGGAGAGCUCUUCUCCAACCAGAUCAUCUGGUUCGUGGACGACACCAACGUGUACCGCGUCACCAUCCACAAGACGUUCGAGGGAAACCUGACCACCAAACCCAUCAACGGCGCCAUCUUCAUAUUCAACCCGAGGACCGGCCAGCUGUUCCUGAAGAUCAUCCACACGUCGGUGUGGGCCGGCCAGAAACGUCUGGGACAGUUGGCCAAGUGGAAGACGGCCGAAGAAGUAGCCGCCUUGAUCAGGUCGCUGCCGGUCGAGGAGCAGCCCAAACAGAUCAUCGUCACGAGGAAGGGAAUGUUGGAUCCGUUGGAGGUCCAUCUUCUCGAUUUUCCCAAUAUCGUGAUCAAGGGUUCGGAGCUGCAGCUGCCCUUCCAGGCCUGUCUCAAGAUCGAGAAGUUCGGGGAUCUGAUAUUGAAGGCGACGGAGCCUCAGAUGGUCCUGUUCAAUCUGUACGAUGAUUGGUUGAAGACGAUAUCGUCUUAUACUGCUUUCUCGAGACUGAUUUUGAUACUGAGGGCUCUCCACGUCAACACGGAAAGGACCAAGGUUAUAUUGAAGCCGGACAAGACCACCAUAACGGAGCCGCAUCAUAUAUGGCCGACGUUGUCGGACGAUGAGUGGAUAAAGGUGGAGGUUCAGCUGAAGGACUUGAUACUUGCAGAUUACGGAAAGAAGAACAACGUGAACGUGGCCUCCCUGACACAAUCCGAAAUCCGUGACAUCAUCCUGGGUAUGGAAAUCAGCGCCCCCUCCGCCCAGCGGCAACAGAUCGCCGAGAUCGAGAAGCAGACGAAGGAACAGUCUCAACUCACCGCCACCACGACUAGAACGGUCAACAAACACGGGGACGAGAUCAUCACCAGCACGACCAGCAAUUACGAGACCCAGACGUUCAGUUCCAAGACCGAAUGGAGGGUGAGGGCGAUAUCGGCCACCAACUUGCACCUCAGGACCAACCACAUCUACGUCAGCUCGGACGACAUCAAGGAGACCGGAUACACCUACAUCCUUCCCAAGAACGUCCUCAAGAAGUUCGUCACUAUAUCCGAUUUGAGGGCGCAGAUUUCCGCGUUCCUCUACGGUGUUAGUCCGCCGGACAACCCGCAGGUCAAGGAGCUCCGAUGCCUGGUGCUGCCGCCGCAGUGGGGCACCCAUCAGACGGUGCACAUACCCAACACCCCGCCCAACCAUCCGUUCCUCAAGGACAUGGAGCCGCUGGGUUGGAUCCACACGCAGCCGAACGAGCUGCCGCAGCUCUCGCCCCAGGACAUAACCACCCACGCCAAACUGAUGGGCGACAAUCCCAACUGGGACGGGGAGAAGACGAUAAUCAUCACGUGUUCCUUCACGCCCGGGUCCUGUUCGCUCACUGCUUAUAAACUGACGCCUUCUGGUUACGAAUGGGGUAGGCAGAACACGGAUAAGGGGAACAACCCCAAGGGAUACCUGCCCAGUCACUACGAGAAGGUGCAGAUGCUGUUGUCCGACAGGUUCCUGGGAUUCUUCAUGGUUCCGUCUCAGGGAUCGUGGAAUUAUAAUUUCAUGGGUGUUCGUCACGAUCCUAGCAUGAAGUACGAGCUGCAGUUGGCGAACCCGAAGGAGUUUUACCACGAGGUCCAUAGGCCCGCCCAUUUCCUCAAUUUCUCAUCUUUGGAGGACGGUGAUGGUUCCGGUGCGGAUAGGGAGGAUGCGUUCGCGUAAGAAUCCCAUUCGAAGGUGAUUGUACAGUUAAUUAUUAAGUUAUAUUUUGUAGUAAAGUUGAUUUUUUUUAAACACUUGUGGAUUAUUGUCAUCCGAUAAUUUUUAAAUUUCAAUAUUGUGUAAUAUAAUGUUUAAAAUUC